AUGUCAACCAACGUCAAGGUCAUUGCUCGAUUCCGGCCCGACGACAAUGAAGACGAAAACAUUGUGUCGUUCGACGGCAACGACACGUGUCACGUUGCGACCAAGGACUCGACGUCCACGUCGUUCACGUUCGACCGGGUGUUCGACUCGACGUCGCAGCAGGCAGACGUGUUUGAGUACUGCUUGAAGGAAACGGUGGACGACCUGCUCAACGGCUACAACGGAACGGUAUUUGCAUAUGGACAGACGGGCAGCGGCAAGACGUACACCAUGAUGGGAGACAUUGACCAUGCCGAGCGACGGGGAGCGAUACCGCGCAUGGUGGACCAGAUCUUUGAGCAGAUCUUCGCCAGUUCCCAGGACAUUGAGUACAUGGUCAAGGUGUCGUACAUGGAAAUUUACAUGGAGAAGAUUCGCGAUCUGCUGCAUCCGGAACACGACAAUCUGCCGAUUCACGAGGACAAGGCCAGGGGCGUCUUUGUCAAGGGUCUCAGUGAGGAAUACGUCAGUAAUGCCGCAGAGGUGCAUGCGGUGAUGCGGCAGGGCUCGUUAUCGCGGGCCGUGGCCGCCACCAACAUGAACCAGGAGUCAUCGCGGUCGCAUAGCAUUUUUUCCAUUGCCGUUUCGCAGAAAAACGUGGCUUCUGGCGCCCAGAAAACCGGUCAGCUGUUUCUGGUGGAUCUUGCGGGCUCAGAAAAGGUGGGCAAGACCGGCGCUUCGGGCCAGACGCUCGAGGAGGCCAAAAAGAUCAACAAGUCGCUCAGUGCGCUGGGUCUGGUGAUCAACUCUCUGACGGACGGAAGCACUCAUAUACCCUAUCGAGAUUCCAAGCUGACGCGAAUUCUACAGGAGUCUCUGGGCGGCAAUUCGCGCACGUCGCUGAUCAUCAACUGCUCGCCGACCUCUUUCAACGAGGCGGAGACGAUUUCCACGCUGCGGUUUGGAGUGCGGGCCAAAAGUAUCAAGAACCGGGCCAAGAUCAACGCCGAGCUCAGCACCAUUGAGCUGCGCAGGAUUCUCAAAAAGUGCCAGGUCAAAAUCGAUGGCCAAAACAGCUACAUUACGCGUCUGGAGGAGGAGGUGGCACAGUGGAGAAAGGGCGAAAACGUGCCAAAAUCGCAGUGGGCCAAGGAUAAGGCGUCUACGAGUAGCGAGAGAGAAACGCCCACUUCUAACAAUCGGGACUCGAUCGUUUCGCUCAGAAGUUCGCGUCCUGGCACUCCUCUAACUCCGUCGAACCGGCUCUCGUUCAAUAGACGCGCCAGCACUCCCAUUGACCAGCUGCUCUCUCGACGGUCUUCCACUGUGCUUGACUCGGACAUGAUUGAUGAGUAUCUGCGGCGAGAAAACGAGUUGCAGGACCAGCUGGUGGAGAAGGAAACAGUCAUUUCUGAGCAGGACAAGCUAUUGUCUGAGCUGCAGUCUGAGCUGACUCGACGAACUGAGAGUGACAAUGAGACCAUCAAGCUCAAGGAGACGCUAGAACGGGCGCUGCACGAGAAGAAAGAGCAGCAAGUGAGCGUGGACGUGCUCAAGGACGAGGUCAGUUCGCUCAAGAAGAUGACAAAGAAGACCAAUCCGGAUCUUUUUGGCGGCUUUCUCGACGACAAUGACAAUAUCAACCACUCGGGCAUCAGCAAUGGUACUCUGGGCGAAAGUGCCGCUUCGCAGGGUGUCAACAAGAGUCUGGCAGCUCUCAAAGAGACUCUGCAGCGCCUGGAAAACACUGAGGUGACUCCCGACUCUCUGGACCAGCUGUCGGACCAGAUUUCGACGCUUCUCAAGGAGAACUCUAUGCUGCGCCAGGACGUGACCACCGUCAAGUCCCGUGAGGAGGAUCUGGUUCGGGACAUUCAGACGCGCUGCGAGCGAAUUGUGGAGUUGGAAAUCAACCUGGACCAGAUCAAGGACCAGCACAACUCCGCCAAGACCAAGAAGAUGGCGCUACUGGAACGCAACCUCGAAAAGCUGACUCACGUGCAGCGGGAGAUCAUUGAGCAGAACAACGCGCUCAAGAAGGACGUAGAGGUGAGCAAACGGCUGCUGAGCAUGCGUAACGAGCGAAUCGAGACGCUGGAGCAGCUGUUGGCGGACUCACGGCAGUCGCUGGAAAAGGAAACCGAGUCGUUCCAGCUGAAACUGACCACCCUACGUGAACGCAUGGUGCGUGUCAAGAGCACCUCCAAUAGACAGGUGCGGCCUCUGCAGCUGCCCCAACAGGUGCUUGAGGGCGACCAUCGCAGCUCGCUUUCAUUUGAAGACGAGUUGAAUAUGGAGGUUUCCAACUCCAAGCGGCUGAGCACAGGUCUUUUGGAUGCCGCUGCUCGUAUCGUCAAGCCUCUCAGAGGGGGAGAACAGAACAGCGACCAAAAGUAG